UCCUCCUAGGCACACAAAUUGCUGCUUCAGUAGAAGUAUCAAACUACCACAUACUAGAGGAUUGUACAAGUGUAUAAUAAGACUAGUGAGAUCACAAACUCAAGGGCCAUCUUACGAGGCCUGCGAUUAACAUAGAUCUUCUAUCAUGGUUCACAACAUCAUCACAAAAUCUGUUGGAGUCUUUUUGAUCGUCGCAGCUCAUAUGGUUUUUAUUGACUGCAGCAGAGCACAGGUCAAAGGGAUCCUCGGGUCAAACAUCACUCUUCAGUUCACAUUUAACAUCAGCAUCACAAACGAUAGUCAUUUUGCCAUUUAUAGAAAUGUACUACCAGACAGUCAGGAGAAGAUUGCAGAGUACUCACAUGGACAACCUAAGCCAGGGGUCCAUUUUAAUACUUACCCUAGAAAUGGUCAUGUAUUUUACCACAUAAAGAAUCUCAGUCUAAGUCACGGUGGGCCUUAUUGGGCCAGUUUCUUUAUGGAUUCAGAAGGGUUUCCCACAGAAAGUGAGAAGGUGCUGCUGAUCGUGCUGGAGGAGGAAAAAAAAAGCACAGUUCCUACAGGUACUACAGAGCAGGAUGAGAGCCUAAAGAAAGGUGGGGGAAAUUCCAGCAUCAUGACUUCUGUCCUCGUGGUUUCACCUGUGGUGCUGCUGGCUGCAGUCCUUACCGGGCUCAUCUGGUGUCUCGUGAGAACCAAAGACAAACAAGAUACAUCAACUCAUCAAAACUCCAAUCCCACAAUACAAGUAAGAGCACACUUACACUAACUAUUCCUUAUCAUUAAAGAUUUAAGCGCAAAGUAAAUGUUUAACACGUGCAG